CCCAGAGCAGCCGACCUCUCGCGCCCGGGAUUGUCUUGCCUGUGUGGCAGUUCCCUAAGGCGCGGUCGACGCGAGCACACAAUGGCGCUCAAUCUGCAAACAUCAGCUGGCCGCGUUCGGCGGGCCGUCAUCUCUGCGUGCAUGCUCCUGGUUGCAGCGCAGCUGCUGUCCGUCGCGUCCGGCCAGACGACUUAUGAGACUCUUUUCAAUGCCAUCAAGAACAAGCAGUCCUCCCUUGAGAUUAGCGGCACGGUGAAGCUGAUUGGCAACCUGCCGGAGAUCUCUCACUCCAUGACCAUCGUCGGCACCAACAAGGCGAAGAUCGACGCCGACGAGUGGAGCUAUCGCAUUUUCGUGGUGAAGGGACCAGGCAAGCUGGUCUUGAAAGACAUCGAGCUGUACAAGGGGCAGCCUCCGCUGAAGAGUUCGAAGCCGGCGAAGUUGUUCCCCCCUCUGGCGGACGGCGGCGCAGUGCUGCUGUACGGCGGAGCGACGGGGGAGUUCGACAACGUCUUCUUCAACCAUAGCAAGUCGUGGCGCGGAGCCGGCGUCGCAGCCUACGGCGGGAGUACGGUGAAGGUCUCGGGCUCCUGGUUCCUUAACAACUACGCCUGGUACGCUGGAGGUGCGAUCUAUCUGGCGGAGAAGUCGACGGGGUCGGCGACGUCGACAAGAUUCGAGCGCAACAAGGGACCGGAUGAGGGAGGCGCCAUCGUCGUCACAGGAGGAUCGCAGUUCACGUCCACGGGGUGCAGAUACAGAAAGAAUACGUGCAAGGAGGAGGGAGGUGGUGCCUGGGCCUUGGACGGAGCCGGCAGCUGGGCAGUCUCUGCCAACGACACUUUCGUCGUGAACAGGUGCGAGUUCAAGUCCGCCAGAGGAGGAGCCAUCAUUGUGUCCGACAAGGCAACGCUCUUUGUGCUCAAAAGCACCUUCGAUACAAAUAGGGUUCCGUCAGGCAUUGGCAAUACCAUCUGGGUUGACGGCGGCGUCAUAGGCCUGCUCUACGGUCCGCCAACGUCCGUCGUCGAGUUCCCCAAGGGCAAGGCAGUCUCUAUCCCUACCAACCCCACCGGUAUCACCAUACCGUGAAAAGACUCUCAGCGGAUCUACUCUGUAGUCACCACUCUCUCACAUCUAAUAAUGUAGCUAGAGGGACUGCCGCUUGAGAGAGAGAGAGAGAGAGAGAGAGAGAGAGAGAGAGAGAGAGAGAGAGAGAGAGAGAGAGACAGUAGUUUUGUGGCGAGCAAGUAUGUUUAAGGCGGGGAUGAGUAUUGAAGAGUAGAAUCAGUUCCAAUGGACGGAUAAAAAUAAUCUGCGUAGCACGCACGUACUGCGUGGGUUACACGUGGGUUACACGUACUACGUGGGUUCCACGUGUGUUCCACGUGGGUUACACGUGGGUUACACGUACUACGUGGGUUGCACGCGGCGCUUGUGUCCUCGUCGUGCGCGUACAUGAGGGGCAGCGAAUCGCCUAUCGGUGGUUCGUCGAAGUUGUGCUAGAUCGGAUCGGAUCGGAUCGAAUCGAAUCGAACGACUAGGAUUAGAGCAGCACAACUUGCGUUGAACAGAUUCUGAAGCUUUUCUGGCUGUUUCCCCUUGGUUGGCGAUUUGGCACGCUUUAUUGGCGGUUCAAAGUUUAAACACCAAGAGCGGGGAGCGGAAUUACAUAUAUAAAUUAUAUACACUUAAUUGGAAAACUGAAGUACAUAUAUAUAUGUUAAGUGGCGUCGGACCUACUCUUCGUCGUCGUAUACUACACGUCUAUGUAGCAUUAUGUACUCGAGCGACGAGCAGUCCCUCUAUCGCCUACGGAUCUGGCCAUUACCGUCUUUGAAAGAGAGGAGAGCUCCUCUGGAAAUGAGUUGAAACGAUAAGGAUGAUUCGGAUAACUUCUCAGGUCCAAAGGAAUCACAUCAACUAUGAUGAUCUUGUCAUGGGUAUUGAAUUGCGUAA